AUGUCUUCUCAGGCCGAGCCGUUGAUGGUCGGCGAAAAUGAUGCUACCAGCAAAAAUGCCAUUUAUCUCCGCUUCAGAGCCAAAGGCAAGCAUUAUCAUGCACAGAUUCCAGUGCUAAAGCGACUGCCUUUCCCUUCGAUUGCCAUCAUCUCAUUGCUGGUGAUUAUAAACAUUCUUGUGUGGAUCGCUGUGGGAAUUGUUCUGAGCUAUCAUACAUCCCUGGUGUCUACAGCUGUGCUUGCCUAUUCUCUAGGCCUCAGACAUGCUCUCGAUGCUGACCACAUCUCGGCCAUUGACCUUAUGACUCGGCGUCUGAUUGCGACUGGGCAACGUCCAGUUACAGUCGGUACUUUCUUCUCCUUGGGACAUUCGACCAUCGUCGUCAUAACCUCAAUCGUCGUGGCAUCAACCGCUGCUGCCGUCUCAUCGCGAUUCGGCGCAUUCUCGCGAGUCGGCGGGAUAAUUGGAAGUAGCGUCUCAGCCACUUUCCUGAUCGUGCUUGGGAUUAUGAACGUUUUCAUUCUGUAUAAGCUCAUUACACAGCUUCGGAAGAUCAUCAACUCACCCGCCAACUCACCUGAGCCCGAGUUUCAAAUCGAAGGUGGAGGAUGCUUAUUCCAUGUCUUGAAGAGGAUGUUCAAGCUCAUCGACCGGCCAUGGAAGAUGUAUCCUCUUGGGGUACUAUUUGGUCUAGGAUUCGACACAUCAUCCGAAAUUGCUCUAUUGGGUAUCAGUGCAAUCUCCGCUAGUCAGGGAACUUCUUUUUGGCUCAUCCUAUUGUUCCCGGUUCUUUUCACGGCUGGCAUGUGCUUACUCGACACUACGGACGGCGCCCUCAUGAUGGCUUUAUAUACGUCAACACGCUUGGCCAAGGACAACAUCGCCGUGUUGUAUUAUCAGUCCGUCCUCACUGGCGUCACUGUGCUGGUUGCUGUGGUCAUUGGCGUGAUUCAAUUCCUCGGUAUGCUACAGGGAGCUGCCGAUCUCACUGGUGGGUUCUGGGAUGGCGUUGAAGUUGCCAGCGAUAACUACGACAUCAUUGGUGGCGCAAUCUGUGGCAGCUUUGUCGUUUUUGGUGUCAUCAGCGCGAUUCUCUAUCGCCCAUGGCGAAGACGCGUGGAUGCGAAGAGGAAUGCACUUGUCGGACCAUCUGACGAGAGUGACCUGGAAACGAGAGACAACAACACUGAGGGAAUUCAUGGAGAGCCUGAGCUUGUCCAAGAGGGUCCUUCAACUCAGCAUGUGCAUGCUGAUAGAAAAGGUGAUUGUGUCGUGUAA